UCCUCAACUACGAGUAGUAAACAAAUAUUCCAACAAAAGUGUACCUUAGCUGAGCUGCUAAUUUCCAAUUGUCUAUUUGUGUACUCUUCAAUUUAUCAACCUUUUUUGCUGUAAAUUAGACCCUUUUUGUUUUUCUAGAAUACUAUCACACCCACCUCAUUUUGUCAAUCUUUUUCUUUCAUAUGAAUUACAAUCGACUAAACAAACAAAUUCUGUUCACUCUGUUUCUUCAAUUUAACCAUGGGAUCAUCCUCAGAUCGAUUGUUUAACAGACAAAGAACCAUUCACCAGAUUUUCGGAGGCAAAAUUGGUUAAUGCCAUUGUUGUCUACUGCAGUAGCUGAUGUGGUGUUAUGGAGGCAAAGAAAUAUAACAAUGGGAAUUUUAUUGAUGAUAUUAACGGUGUGGUUAGUAUUCGAGCAAUCUGGAUAUACUCUACUCUCACUUACUUCUAGUGUUCUGCUCUUGUUGAUCACCAUUUUAUUUGUGUGGUCCAAAGCUGCUUCACUUCUUAACAGACCAGCUCCACCGUUACCAGAUAUGUAUCUGAGCGAAGAACUAGUAGCUGAGGUGGGAGAGCUAGCUCGCAAAAAUAUUAACGUGUUGGUACUAGUUUGCCGGAAUGUUGCUCUAGGUAAAGAUUCAAGGCUGUUUCUCAGAGUUGCUGCCUGCCUGUUGCUCAUUUCUGUUGUUGGUGGCUUCACUGAUAUUGUCUCACUAUGCUACUUUUCUCUUGUUCUUCUUCUCACAAUUCCAGCACUCUAUGAGAGGUACAAUGACCAAAUUGAUACACUUUUCAUGUGUGCAUACAAAACCCUACAACGAAUUCGUGUCAAGUGGGACUAUUAUAUCACCAUGAUAAGAAAGUUGGAUCUUGAAAAACUCCAAUGAGAUUAUGAGAAUAUGACUUCUAAUCCAUUUUGGUACAUAUGAUGAUUGUAAUUUUUAAACAAGCUUGUAAUUUCAUAUCAAUUUCUAUAUUUUAUUUUGGUUAUACAUAUAUAGCAUUUUACUUU